AUGAGGGACGCUGUAGCCCGCCAGGGACCAGCGGCAAUCCCCAAGGAGCGAGCGGAGGGCUGGGUAACGGUCGCAGCUAGGCACAUCCUUAGGAAGGUCAAGAAUGAGCCAAGCCUUAAGACUCUAGGGCAAACAGUGCAAGGGGUGCGACGCACCGCAAAGGGAGAGCUCCUACUAGUACUGGAGAAAGCGGCAAACCCGAAAACUCAGGAAAUGCAGGCAGCGUUUCAAGAGGCGCUCGGAAGCACGGCUGAAGUCAGAAGCCUUACUGAAACGGCGAUCAUUGAGGUAAAGGACAUAGACGAGGUGUCCACUCAAGAAGAAGUGCUGGCGGAGCUUAAGGAGCAGGCAGGGGUAGCCAUAAAUGAGGCUGCGGUCAUUGCCUUUCGACCAGCCUACAGGAGAACCCAGACCCUGACGCUGAAAGUCUCGCCGGCAGUAGCAGCGACGCCUUUAGGAAAAGGAAGAAUCCGUUUGGGAUGGGGUUAUUGCCGGAUACGGCCCAAAACCACGCCCAGAAUAUGCUUUAAGUUCAUGGAGUUUGGGCACAUCGCAACGAACUGCAAAAGUGCCCAAGACUACACAAAGUGCUGCUACAACUGCACAGAAACAGAUCACCAGGAUAAAGACUGCAAAGUCCAGCCGACCUGCAUUAUCUGCAAGCGGCAGCGGGCGAAGGACACGAAGCACCAAACGACGAGUUCGAGGUGCCCGCAGUACCAAAAGGCGAUCCAGCAGAUGAGGGAUAGAUGA